AUGGAUGAGAAUCUACCUGAAAUAAGCUUGAAACGGCCAAGGCCUUAUGUCAGAUCAAAUAUGCCUCGGCUAAGAUGGACUCCUGAUCUUCACCAAUGUUUUGUGCAUGCAGUUGAACACUUAGGUGGAGAAGACAGAGCUACCCCGAAGAUGGUUUUGCAGAUAAUGGAUGUGAAGGGACUUACAAUCUCUCAUGUAAAGAGUCAUCUUCAGAUGUACAGAAGCACUAAGCAUGAGCAGGUGAUACAAGAAGCAGCCAUUGCAGCAAAGAGAUAUGCAACGGUAUCGGAUCCGAUGAUCAACUGCCAACAAAAUCAUCAGCUUAAGUAUGGGGGAACCCUUAAUCGCAAUUCCUUCCAAAAUCUAGGCUUCGGAAUCCAAGGGAUGGCUUCAAAUACCAUCCUUCAUGCACACCGGAAUGGAAACAAAGUGAGUAACAAGUUGUCAUACGUAGAAAUCACAAAUAAAGGAUCUGACCAGCAGAGAUCAAACUCAUAUAUCAUCUUCAAGGAUCUACUCAAAAGUUGCAUUACCCCAGAAAGCAAUGAACAAGGGCUAAAUGGUGGUGUAGGUUGGAAGUGCAACCAUCAAAGAUUGAUUGACAUAGCUGAUCAUCAGGCAACUGAGAGAAUAUCUGAUUGUUCAAUUUGCCUAUCGCUGAAUUCAAAAGUUUCCCAGCCAAUGUUAGGGCUGAGCGAAGCUGAGAUCCUAGGUGUAAAUGAUGUCUCUCUAGAACUCACUCUUGCUUAA